GAAGGAGAGGACACAGCAACUCCCCCGCCACCCCGGACAUACCACCUCUGUGUCUGCUGCUCCAUGCCCCAACCUUCGGCCCGCUCCCCGCUACGUACCGGGCCGGCCUCGGCACUCACCGGAGAUACUGCGCGCUCUGCAGGCUCAUCCUCCGCCGCCGCGUCUUCCCGCGAGGCCUCUGUGGGUCUCUCAGGCUCCUCGGAGCGGCCCCACGGCACCGCGGGUGCUGGCGGCCGCCGCCAUCUUCCUCUCCUCCGGCUCCUCCUCGCUCGGCGCGGGGUGGGGACACUGUCCAGGUUACUAUGGAUACCACCAUAGAAGAGACAUGGUCCCUGUCUUGGAGGAACCCACCUUCUGGUAGAGAUACCAGAGAAUAGAGACAUGAUUUGGAUGCAAUAUUAUGGGUGCAACAAUUAAGACGUAUCGAGACACAAAAAGAGAGGCGACCCCUGGACCAGCGCGAGGGACCCACCCGCACCAUGACCGAGACCACCAAGACCCACGUUAUCUUGCUCGCCUGCGGCAGCUUCAAUCCCAUCACCAAAGGGCACAUUCAGAUGUUCGAAAGAGCCAGAGAUUAUCUACACAAAACUGGAAGGUUUAUUGUCAUUGGUGGGAUUGUGUCUCCUGUCCACGACUCCUAUGGAAAACAGGGCCUUGUGUCGAGCCGGCACCGUCUCAUCAUGUGUCAGCUGGCCGUCCAGAAUUCCGACUGGAUCAGGGUGGACCCGUGGGAGUGCUAUCAGGACACCUGGCAGACAACCUGCAGCGUCCUCGAACACCAUCGGGAGCUCAUGAAGCGGGUGACUGGCUGCAUCCUCUCCAAUGUCAACACACCCUCCAUGACGCCUGUGAUUGGACAGCCCCAAAAUGAGACCUCCCAGCCCAUUUACCAGAACAGCAAUGUGCCCACCAAGCCCACUGCAGCCAAGAUCCUGGGAAAGGUGGGAGAAAGCCUAAGCCGGAUCUGCUGUGUCCGCCCACCGGUGGAGCGCUUCACCUUUGUGGAUGAGAAUGCCAAUCUGGGCACAGUGAUGCGGUACGAGGAGAUUGAGCUGCGGAUCUUGCUGCUGUGUGGCAGUGACCUUCUGGAGUCCUUCUGCAUCCCAGGGCUCUGGAAUGAGGCAGAUAUGGAGGUGAUUGUCGGGGACUUUGGGAUCGUGGUGGUCCCCCGGGACGCAGCCGACACAGACCGAAUCAUGAAUCACUCCUCAAUACUCCGCAAAUACAAAAACAACAUCAUGGUGGUAAAGGAUGACAUCAACCAUCCCAUGUCUGUCGUCAGCUCAACCAAGAGCAGGUUGGCCCUGCAGCAUGGGGACGGCCACGUCGUGGAUUACCUGUCCCAGCCGGUCAUCGACUACAUUCUUAAGAGCCAGCUGUACAUCAACACCUCGGGCUAGCAGCCCCAGGGCCCCCUGCUCCGAUCUCCCCUCGUCCUCCACCAACACACUGGCCCCUGCAGCCUCUGUCUGUCCCAUUUCUCUCCUGCCUCUCUGUUCCUCCAUCUCCUCUUGACUGUUGUCCCCACUUGCUGACUCAACCCCCCACAGUGUGGAGGACCUGCAGAGAACCACGGCAUACCCCACUCCGCAGUCAUCUUCGGACAAACUUUCCUCUAGUC